CUCCAGCCUUGUUUAUCCAGACGUGGGGACACGCGGACACACCGGAGGCGCAGAGGGACACAGAGACACCGGGCGAUACGGAGAAACAAGGGGACACAGAGACAUAGAGACACCGGGAGACACGGAGACAGAGACACAGAGAGACACAGAGACACCUUGCGACACGGAGAAACAAAGGAACACAGAGACAUAGAGACACCGGGAGACAGAUAGGGUGAUCCGGAGACACGGAGACGCAGAGAGACACCGGGCAACACAAAGACACGGAUACACCGGAGACGCAGAUAGACACAGAGACACGGAGACACCUCGCCACACGGAGAAACAAGGAGACACAGGGACAUAGAGAGACACCGGGAGACACGGAGAUACGGAGAUAUCGGAGACGCAGAUUGACACAGAGACACCGGGAGACACGGAGACACCGAGGAGAUACAGCGACACGGGGACACACAGACAUCGGAGACAUCGACACACGGAUAGGCGCAAGUGUACAGACAUACACACUGGCACACCCAAACACACACACACACAAACUGAUACACAUGAGCACACUGACGUACGUAUACACACAGACAUACACACUUAGGUAUGCACACAGGUCUGCAGACACGUACACACACACAGACACAUCGGGAUACACACGGACAGACACAGACGCACACACGCCCCCUAUCAAUGUCUUUCCAAGCGCUUUUUUUCUACCAGAUUUAAACGACAAAUUGGAAAAUGUUGCCUAUUCAAGAGAUCGUCACUAGGGAACAGUUAAAUGAGCUGCGAGAUCGUGAGACGGUGGUCGUGAGCCAGGUCUCCAUGGCCACGCGAGGGAUUUGCGAGCCUCUCAAAAAGUCUCAGAGGAUUUUCCACAACACGGCUCUGGACUUCACUGAGAGUGGACGGGGCCUGCGGGUGGAGGCGGCCACGCCACACCUGGUGAGUGUGGGCGGGGGGCGACUCUCCACGGCCGUGACGCUGCUGCCCCUGCACGAGGGCCAAACCAGACUGGGCACGGCGGAUUCGAUUCCUCCUCCCGACAUCGAGAUCCGCGGUCCCGGAGCGCAGCGCGACCAUUGCGUCAUCGAGGCGCGGGGAGGCGCCAUCACCCUCGUGCCCUGCGGACACCCCUGCACCAUCGACGGCACCGCCGUGCGGGAGCCAACGCGGCUCACUCAAGGCUGCAUGCUUUGUCUCGGACAGUGGAACUUCUUCCGUUUCAAUCAUCCGGACGAGGCGGUGAGAAUUCGCAGCAUGCUGGCCCCGUCGGCGAACCCGCCCGCCGCCCCGUCACACGCCAUGAGCUCGGUGAACGGCAACGACGCCCGGCGCAGGGACGGUGCGCCAGCAGGACGGGCCGGCGCUCGAGACAAACUCCUCAACGCCUGCUCCAUCGAGCAGGACCUGCAGGACAUCAUCGACUCGCUCACGCUGGAGAGCAACACAGCCUCCGGCGCCCCUCUCACGCCGGCCUCCUUCACCAGCGUCGCCUCCGCUCCGGACAACGGCAACAACAACCACCAGCAGCAGCAGCAGCCCCGCGGCGUACCGUGCUCCCCUCCCUCGAGCCCGGAACGCGUCUCCCUCUCCGGCUCAUGCUACGACAACCUGGCGUCCGCCUCGUCGUCGCCAUCGUCGCCCUCGUCGUCGUCAAGUUCCAACGACAACCACGGCACGCCGCCCGUGCCCGCCCGCUCCUCCAGCUACAACUUUACUUCGCAGCGCUCCGCCAACGGCUUCCGUGCUGCCGCGGCCGCCCCCCCCGUGGCGACGGCUAUGCCGGCGGCGCCGGCCGCCAGGGCCGAAAGCCCCCGCGCGCCGAGGCGACGGAUCCGGGACGCGCCCAUGGAGCGGCCUCACCUUGCGCACGCCAAACCCGGCCAGGGCGGCGGCGGCAUCGGCGGAGUGCCACCGGAGAGUGGCGGCUGCGCCAAUGCCAACGCCGCUGCGGCCUGCUUCCCAGGCUUCUCGCCGGAGAGCCCUCCAAGCCCGAGGCUCCCCAGGGCUUCUCUGGAGAGGGGCGGGGGGGCGGCCACGGCGGCCGGGCCCGUGCCGCUCUCCCCACGGGCGGCGAGGAGAUCGGCCACCACCCCGCCUGCCAGCCCGGAGGCCUCGCGCCGCGGCUGCUUCCCCAUCUCACUCGCCUCCCCACAGGGUCCCUCGAGGUGGCAGCAGCAGCAGCAGCAGCAGCCGCCGCACUCGCCGUCAUCGGCAAGAAGACUCGUGGCGCGCGGCGGCGGCGGCGGUGGUGGCGGAGCCUUGGAAGGCCGCUCUCCGACUUUGGGCGUCCAGAGCAGCCAGCGUUGGGGUCAGCCUCAGGCGAAGCCUGCGGGCGUAGGCCCCGACGGGUCCCCUCGCUCCCUGCUCAGCCCCGAUUACGGUCACCACCAGCAGCAGCAGCAACCGCCGCGCCCUCUGGACACGCUGCCUCCUCUGAGCCCGAAGUCGAGCCGCAAGGCCGCGGCUUCGCCGGCGCUGGCCGGGCCAGAGUCGUGCCCCUCGGUUGGCAAACGCCUCGGAGGCGUCUUCACCAGUCCGGCGUUCAUACGGCGGUCCGGCGGUGGUGGUGGUGGUGGUGAUAGUGGCAGCGGUGCACGAGAAGGCCUCGUUAUUUUGGACCACGAAGCCGCCGCCGCGGCAUCAUCGUCCCCCUCGGGCACGCCGGGCGGCUCCUUCAGCGUCGCGACCAAGGUGAAGAUCCCGGCGUCAACAAUAACAACAGCGGCGGCAGCGUCAACAACAACAGCGACGACGCCACCCGUGCCCCGGUCUCCCUGCCGGAGCCCCGCGCUGCAACGCAGGCGACCGCCGGCGCCACUCUCGCCGAAUCUGUCGUCGAGUCUGACGAUGACGAUGAGGUCGCCCACUGCAACCGCCGCAACCGCCGCAACCACCUCAAUCGCAACCGCGGCAAAGCCGGACGGGGGACGACCGACGGCCCUCGAUCGUUCCGCCGGUUCGGAUUCCGAACGGGAUCUCCCGCCGGAGGAGGAGGUGGAUGACGGGGGGAAGGCGGCGGCGACAACGGUGCCGGCGUCUCCGCCGCGCUUGCGGGAGCGCAAGGGCAGCAUCUCUGAGAUCCGCGACGGGGACGAGUCGGAGCUGCGCCAGUACCACCGCAGGCACCGCGACGAGCGGCUCCGCGAGCAGGAGACGGAGCGCCUGGAGCGCCAGCGGCUGGAAACGAUCCUCAGCCUCUGCGCCGAGUAUCACGAGAAGGGCAGCAUCUCGGACCUGCGCGGCAUUAUGGGUAAGACGGAGGGGGGCGGCAGCGGUGAGGAGGCCCGUCCUGUCGCCAUGGCUACACCGGCGCCGGUCUCCGCGGCAACCGUGGACUCAGCUCAGAGCCCUGGAGAUGACAGUCGUCAUGACGACGCCAGCGCGGAGAUGGGAGGGACCGCGGUGACGAUGGCGACGAGGGGAGGAGGAGGCGGAGGAGGAGAGGGACCGACAGGGUGCCGUGAUGAGUGCAGCAGCAGCACAGAGAGCGCGCAGGACGAGGGCUACAUCCAGACCAUGUCGUCGUACGACAGAGCGCCGAGCCCGCCCGAACAAUCCCGCAGGGCGCCCAGACAGGAGGCGAGGCUGAAGUUGGCGGAACGGAAGCAGGAAGUGAUGCGCCGGGAGGUGGGGCUCGAGCAGGAAGUGAUGCGGCGGGGGGCGGAGCACCGGCAGGAAGUGAUGCGCUUGGACGUGAGGAGGGCCCAGCUGGUGGCGGUGGUGGAGGAGCUGAAACGACGGAUCCACGACGUGCAGAGCCAGUUGGAGGACUGCGCGCGCGAGGCGGAGAUGGAGCGAGCGCUGCUGGAGGGGGAGAAGGCGGCAGAGAAGUCGAACCUCGGCAAGGACCAGGAGGUGAUCGCCGCGCUGCAGAGGAAGAUGUCGGAGUUGGAGGCGCGCGUCGCCUGCCAGAGAGACAAGGGUAAGGCCCGGCUGGUGGAGGAGAGGCAGAAUCUGGACGAUCUUCGCGCCAAGAAGUCAGACGUUGAAACGCAGCUCCAUAGCUGCCCUGAGGCUCUCAGGGAGCAGAUGGAUGAGGAGCUACGCAUGGUGAGCGACCAGCUCGAGUGCGGCGCUCGCCGCUUCGAGGACCUGGAGUUCCAGCAGCUGGAGACGGAGUCGCGGCUGGAGGAGGAGAGGGAGGCCGGACUGCACAGUGUGCUCAAGGACAUGACGGAGCUGAGACGCACCAUCGUCUCUCGCAAGGAGCGUCUGUGUGCGCUGGAGCGUCAGGCCAACCAGACGCUGCGGGCGGCGGAGGUGGAGAGGCAGAGACUCCAGCGGGAGAGGGGCACGCUCGUGCGCCUCUACGAAAGGGAGAGGGAGGAGCUGUCGCUGGUGGAGGUGGAGCUGGCGGAGAUGAUGGGGAACGUCGACGUCGGAGCCGCCCUGUCUCCUGCCCUCAGAGAGGAACCCCUAACUCUACCCGAACCCUCACUCAACAUCAUUAACACCCCAUCUGACUUCCCCUCCACACUCACACUAACAUCAUCGUCAUCAUCGUCGUCAUUAUCGUCUUCGUCAUCAUCAUCAUCUGCUCAAACCGCCCGUAACCUACGCCAGGAGUACUUCACCCUCAGCCAAAUCAAUCAGCUGUACGUGGGGACGGAGCCUGAGUCAGGCCACGCCCACCCCACCCAAGCCCCUCCCACUCAUUCUUCGGCCGUCAUGGAAACCGCCCGCUCUGCUGUCAAUCUCUCCCAGGCUUCCCCUCCUGACAUCCCUCUCGCUGAAGAGCCACGUGACUGUGCGCUGGCCCUGUGCCCCCCGCUGGGCUCCGAGCGGUGGUACAGCGAUUGCGUCGCUGGGUUUGGACCCCCCAGAACCAUCCCCCCGCCGCCCCCGCUCCCCGCUAAGCAGCGUGGGGGAUCGAGGGGGGCGGCUGAUCAGCAGCUGGAUGUGAGCGGGGAAUCAGCGCUCCGGCUAAAAGGGAAAAAAUCCCGGCGCGCUGCCCCCAGUUCCGCGCCCUGCACCCCCUACAGCAGCGCCACACUCGGCCGCAACGUCAGCCUCAAGUCCUCUGUGUUGGCCCAGCUGGGCACCAACAGCCUGCCCCGUAACCUGAAGGCCACCCUGCAGGAGAUAGAGAACAAGCGGCAGCAGACCUUCCAGGAAAAAGGGCACCAGGUGAUAGAAGAGCAGCGGCGUCGCCUGGCCGACCUGAGGCUACGGGCCGCGGCCGAGGCCCAGACGCAGUGGGCAGCCCUCCACGCGCUGCCCUCGUCCCCCACCUCGUCGUCGUCCAGGGGAUGCGCCGAGGAGGAGGAGGAGGUGGAUCAGGAGGCGGCGGCGGCCGCCGCGAUGGUGGUGGAGGAGCUUCUGGGGAACGGUGGUGACGGAGCGGGGGGAAGAGUGGGCGGCGGUGGAGGGGCCUACGACACGCUGAGCCUGGAGAGCUCCGACAGCAUGGACACCAGCGUCUCCAACGCCAACUCGCAGUGCUCACCCGAUGCCAUGUCCAGUGCGAGCGGCAUGGACACGGUGCGUCUGGAGGAGAUGGAGCGGAUGUUGAGGGAUGCACAGGUGGAGAAGGCGAGGCUCUUGGAGAUGAAGGAGCGCGAGGCGGAGGAGCGCCGGCGUGCGCUGGAUCUCGAGCGACGGCGCCGCGAGCGAGUGGAGGCGCAGCUCCGGGACGAGACGGAGCGGCAGCGGCGCCUCCUCGCUGGCGCGGGGGGCGGGGGGGGGCCGCCCCCCCGGGGUGGGGGGGACGCGGGGGGGGCUCCGUCGUGGGGGGGAGGGGGGGGCCCGGGCGGGGGGUCGUCGCGGGGGGCUGACGUGAGGCUCAGGGACGCGCACGCCGUGCAGCAGUCCCGCCCGCUGACUCGCUACCUGCCGGUGCGCAAGGAGGACUUUGACCUGCGUGGCCACGUGGAGGCGGCGGGCCACGGCGUGGAGACGUGCCGCCACGUGGCGCUCACCGCCAAGACCUGCCGCGGCCUCCUCACCAAGAUGGGCGGCAAGAUCAAGACGUGGCGCAAGCGCUGGUUCGUCUUCGACCGCAACAAGCGCACGCUGGCCUACUACGCCGACAAACACGAAGCCAAGCUGAAGGGAGUCAUUUACUUCCAGGCCAUCCAGGAGGUUUACUACGAUCACCUGAAAAACGCCAACAAGCCGUGGGGGAUAUUGAGAUUUGCCAAAAUCACAAGCCCCAACCCGGCACUGACGUUCUGCGUGAAGACCCAUGACCGUGUCUACUACAUGGUGGCCCAGUCGCCGGAGGCCAUGAGGAUCUGGAUGGACGUCAUCAUCACGGGAGCCGAGGGGUACACGCUCUUCCUCAACUAGCCGCAUCCCGCCUCUCCGCCAUCUUAUUUGCGCAUCCCCCUCUCAACGCCGCCAUCGUGGAUUUUGCAGCGCCGCUACUUUGGGUUCUUCAGCACCCGCCAGCGCUGCCACCGGAAGCUGUUGGAUGCUACCAUCUUCAGCCCUGCGACGGCGCGACACCGGAUCGCCGUACUAGGAAAUUUUGAAUUUGGCGUUUCCACCAUCUUUGUUUUCUACAGCCACCAUCUUGAUCGAUUCGUCAUGGAUUUUGCAACUCCACAAUCUCAUUUCUGCUCCAGUUUGCUUUUUUCACCGUCCUGCGUUGCGCUACUGCCAAUUUGAAGUCCUGAUGUCUUGGAAACCACUGAUUCUCCACCUUGAACUCAUUUUUAUAUUUUUAGCAACACCUCUGGAUUUCCUCCGCCAAAGGAUUUGUUCAACUCUUGCUGUAUCGGCCAUCUUUGACACGAUAUACGAAAACAUUGGAAUUCAUAUCGUAAACUUUAUAUUCCCGUACGCUCCAAUAUUAUCAAUCAUAUACACAAUUAUAGCUCGACGUUCAUGAAUUUUAUAUCACUACAAUACGUUUAUAUAUUUGUUUUCUUUUUAGAAACUUGUAGGAAUUAUGAAUUUUUGCUGCGGCCAUCUUGAAUUUUAUUGUGCGUCCAUAUUGGGCAUUCACCCGCGAUCAACAAUAGGCAGGACACAGCAAUUGUGAACAUACCAAAAUCGGUGACAAAACAAUUAUACAUUCACAGACCUCUCAAUCCACUGUUGGAUGAAGUCCACCCCAUGCCCUUUUGGUUAUGGGGAGGGGGGGGGUUUGACCAUACUUCACCGCGCAGGUUGGCCAACGGGGUGUGAGUCUGAGACGCAGAUUCACAUAUCGCCCGCCACUUUUGUUCGCCGUUGUCGCAAAUUGAACCCGGGAAGCGGGUUUGUAGCGCGGAGCGCUAAAAUUCUGCGCCACCAAUGCACCCGAAAAUCGGACACAGUGUUAGGUAGAACUAAAGUUUGACAAACCAGUCAGUUUAAAUGCAUGGAAAGACCGUCUAAAAUACAUGAUGGGUGUUGGGGUUUUUUCCACAAAGUUAAAGCAAUCCAACUUAAUUUUUAGUUUUUUUCUUGCGAUGCCAUCGCUUGGUGGUGGUGGUGGUGUAACGGUCAGCAGUACCGCUGGACCUGCCAGUUCGAUUCCUCCCGCCACAACAGCUGAAAAACAAUGGUGAAUUUUGUUUAAAUCCCCCCCCCUCCCUUACUCCCUCUGUCCACCAUCGAGCACAGUUACGUCGAUUGCAAGGGUCGCAUGGGUGCGGGCUAAAGUGUGCGGCGCUCCCACCUCAUUCGAAGGAAUUAAGUCGUGGGGCCCUUCUGUCUCUACGACGUGACCUCGUUCUCGUUUUGGCCCAACAGCAGUUCCUGGCACCCACCACUGCAACUCUGGGGGGGAAAUGUGGGUGAUGGUGUGGUUGUUUUAAAGAGCCGGUGCGGCAUAAAGCCGUGGUCAAUAUUGCAAUGACUGCAACUUUAACUUUACCUCACAAUCGGAACACACGACCCAACAAAGAACACACGCGUGCUAGCGGUAAACUUUAGCGCUUGAGGUAUGUAAAAACUUUAUUACUGUUGGAAGCACGCACACACGUAGAAUUAUAUGUAGACAUGCCUCCGUUACAUAUUUUCUCGAUAUGUUUUUUUACCGGAACAAGUUUUAUUCUUGUGUUUGCGCGCAGAUUAUCUGGAACACUAAAAGAGAGCAAUAGGGCUGGUGACUAUCCUGGCGUAACAGGCUACGCGUCUUUUAGAUUCGAAGCUUUCGUGACUGCAGGAAUUACUCUUUGGUUCUUUCGGUACGCGACAGAAAUUAAAUAAUAAAUAUAAUGCAAUACAACACAGAGAGUCGGCCAACACAACAGUCAACACCCCACCUGGUUAAUCACGUUCUUCCAAAGAUUGCUAAAUUUGAGAACGUGACAAAACACAGACACGGAGACACACAGACACAUAAGCAGA